AUGGAUUUCUCCAAAGAUCCUAUCAUGAUGACCCACUCGUUGGCACAAAAUGGACAACGUACCAGUCCUUCUCCCCGUUUCGAAGGAAAGCCUUAUCUGCAAUGUCUCGACACGCUGGAGGAUGCAUUUCCAGCGCUCAAGUCCUUCUUGGAAAAGCUAGCAAAUGAGGGGGAAGCCGGCCGUAAGGCUGUCAGGCAACACUACGAGAAAGAGCACCAACGUACGCCGGGCCGAUGCUAUUGCUUGGAGUUCAAGGCCAAAAGCGUCGUGGAGGUGGAAAAAGGUGGCUUUGAGAGUGCUGCUGCGCUCCGAGAGUACCUCAAGAAGAAGCCAGCCAAUAAGAGUCGUGAGGAGAGACACAAGCGGCUCUUCAUCCUUGAAGAUAUGGAACCGGACUAUGUGGAUGCACUGGGCCACCAUCUAGGCGUCGACCCUCUGGUCUUCAGCGAGCAGAUGAAUACUUGGAAUUUCACGGACUCCUGGUCCAUCCCACAUAGAGGAUUGCCAUCGAUGUCAGUGCCUGGGCAGUCAUUUACUUUGCGCUAUUACGAGCUGCGCACUUUGCUCUAUCCCGAUAAGAUAGACGUUCUGAGCUUGCAGACCUCGUUUGCUGUGAAUCGCCGGAGGUACGAAAGGUGGAAGGAUAUCGACAUACCUUCGUUAGGCAAGCCUGACCGAAGGCAUGCUUUCGUAAGACGGUGUGCGUCGUUCUGGACGUCGCAGAAUUUUCUGCCGGACGGGAAGACAGAUGGUUUGGGAUGGGAUGUUUUCCGGGAGAAGCGGAAUCUUACCAGUGCCAUGGAUGAGAUGGUGUUCUACUGGACCAAGCUUGCUACUCCUGAGUUGAUCCAGGAAACGAACGAGAAAUCGUCCAACGCAGCAUACUACCUCCUGAAACAUGUUGCCCAACACUGGGUCAACCAACUUGAGCUCAUGAACACGACAAUCGCCAGGGGUGAAUGGUUCUCCGAUGACUAUCAAGCCCAGAUCGACGACAACUUGAGUAAACAGAAAUGGAAGGCAGACCUACUGAAGAUCAACGAGAUCGCCAAAGACAUCAACUACAUGCGUCGACACUUGAAUCACUUCUGGCGUGCAAUGUAUCUCAACCUUGAACGUCUAGGCGUGCAAUUGGGCUGCGAAAGUGUCGACGCGAAUGCAUCCCUGGCGAUCCGAGACGCGCAAAAAGACUUCCUUACGAUACACACAAGGAUGCAGCCUUUGCGCGAUCGUGCAGAAGCCUUGAAUUCGGUGUCAAACGAUCUCGCCAACCUUCGCGCGGCAUUCAGAGGGGUCUCAGACGGCGAGUUCGGCCUUCGUCUCAGCUUGUUUGCGUCCAUCGUCUUCCCGCUCACCCUGCUUGCCGGCAUCUUCAGCAUGGGCGACGACUUCCGCCCAGGGCGACCAAAGUUCUGGCAUCUUUGGGCUAUCGGCAUACCCGUUUGCGUAGUGGUCGCACUCGGAUUGGUGUACGGGAGAAGGCCUUGGGCAGUGGCCACCGAUCUUUGGGAGUAUGCAAGAUCAUGGCUCGAGCACUACGGGCUCAUGAAGCCAAAAGAAGAGAAUGCGGCGGAGAAACGGAAGAUUGAAGGUACACAAGUGAAAGAGAGGAGAAAUGGCAAGCAAGGCGGACGAGCGAGUUUAGUGCGAAGGACGGGUUGGAACGUCCGGGACGAAGAACUUGGUGUUGAUGAUUGA